AGGUUCACUUCUAGUAGAGUAGCUAGUACAGUAUGACUGGUUAUCAACAAUAGUAACAGUGUGAUGGCACAUGGUGAAAAAGAUAGCCCCAUUGCCAGAACAUUUCUUCUCACAAUUCUGAAGCAGCUUUUGUAACGAAACCCAAGCCUCUUUACUCGUUAUUAAUAGUAGACAGACUAAUAGUACACAUAGUACGCCUUCUUUUGCUUGAACAGCCAUAUCCACCAUUGAAACAUGACCACUCUUGGACUUGGAAGCCGCAGUGCACUCCUCCCCACUCCUACUACUGGUAUCUCUGGUCGUGUCCACCGAUAUUUGACCCAAGUUCUGCCUGCCUCUGAAUCUUCUGGUGACAUGAUCGUGGACAUGACUGCUGAGGAAACGAGUGGCAGUGGCAGUGGCAGCAGCAGUUUGGACGAGUUUCUUGCCAAUCUGGACAAGGUGACGAAGCCUGGAAGGAGCAUUAAGGUCGACAUUGUGGCCGGAUCCUCUUCCGACGGUGGUGUGAGAGCGAAGCGCAGUCUCUCAGACAUGUUGGCGUCGUACGAAGGCAUGGAGAACUCAAGAAGAAUUACAAAGAACCCUCGAAAUCUCUCUGCUUCCCUUCAGCAUAUGCGGCUGGGCGUUGCUGAUGGAGGUUCCACUUCUGAUGCCUACUUGCCUAUCAACAGGGAAGGAGGAAUGAUGAGUCGAAAUGAGCCUUGUUCGGUACGGGACGAUGAAGGUUUGGUGAAACCCAAAGGAACAAUCGUUUUGGGGCAAACUCCUGUUCCCACCAGGAUCGUCCCUCCUUCGGCCUGAAGAAGCCUGAAAACGUAAACAUACCACAAGCAUACAUUUUACUUAAAUCCAUGCAUGAUAGAAAGAGAAGUCGUCCAUCUUUCACUUGCACCGUACCGUACUAUUCCUGCCAAACGAAGACGGCAAACUCAUCAAACAAAUACUACCUAGCUACCGGUAGCUAGUACAUUCUUAUUGGAGACUUUCCUGUCCUGCGUCCUUACUUUGACGAUGAGUUUUCCAUUUCUACUGGUUUGUGUUCUGCCUGCUCGCAGGAAUGUGGGUCAUCGCCUCUUGAAAACUUGAACAAGCAAGUGACUGUUUCGAUCUUGGAGGUCACAUAGUCGCAUACAAGAGGGAGGAAUUGGUUAUAAUACUUAGCUUAUAAAAACCUUAAACUCCCCGAAGCAAAGGUCACAGCAACAAUGUGGGGAAACCAGGCAAGAGUGAAAGGAGACGAGGGCAUAAGAUACAGUCCAGCAAACCGAGAAGGCAAUGCUGAUGUGGAAGCCCAGUCGCCGAAACUAUCUUGUCAACGUCACGGUGCGGGA